CGCGAAGUAGUUCCGGUGGAUCUGGAGUACCAAACACUUCGGCUCGACCCCUUUCUAAUCAGUCGCGUGUCAGCGGGCUGCCGUUAAUCAUUCGGGCAGAAAGCAGGGAGAGCAGUGUAGUUAAUGCCAAUUCAGAUGGGUUGACCAGUAUUAGUAGAAGUACAGCAGGCGCCAGUAGUACUGCUCCGUCUGCGCGACCUACUAGUCCUACGCCAGCUUUUUCAGCGUUACCAGAGCCAGGUGUUGUACUAGGAAUUCCAAGUCCUCUUCCUUAUACUUAUCAUGCACCAGAGCAGCAACAACCUUAUUUGAUGGCAGGAAGUCAUCUCCCUACUGCUAUUGAUCUUACUUCAUCCGCCGGUGUUCUUCCACUAAGUGACGAGGGC